AAUUGUAGUGUGAGAUAGAGUGGAUUGAUUUGGUUACGAUGAUUAAAUUGCCGUUACUACUAUUGAUCAUUAAGGUGUUUGUUCAUUUGGGUGCAAACGGACUACUCUUUCAUUCAGUACUGAACGUACCUGAUGAACGUACUCUGUACGGAUGGCAUCUAGAAGUGUUACGAAACGGAGCAUGGAUUAAUUAUUGUCAUGGUUUGUUCAUCGGGCCAAAAGUAUUUCUUACUCAUUCAGACUGUGUAAAUACAAUUUAUAAGAACGAUUCAAUUAAUGUAGUUAAUCGUUCAUUUAAAUCUCCAUCGCUAAAAACGAAACUCACAGUUAACCACAAAAAUAUAUAUUUUGGCGAAUAUAUGAGCAGAAAUUACAGUAAAUCUGAUCGACAAUUUGCAUUAGUAAUAACUAAUGAACAAGUCCUUCCUAAAUCAAAUUACAUUGGAAAGUGGUUUGUAAAAGUGGCUUCAGACAUCACGCAUAUCGACUACAAAAAAUGUUUUAUGCCAAAAUUAAAUCCUCCGAUAAUUAUGAACGUACCUUGCAAAUUGUCAAGCUCAGCUGUUCUUCACAAGAAAUCUUUCAAGUGCUCUUAUGACAAGCGUUAUGAUAUGUGGCAAGAAAACAGUUUGUUUUGUCGUUACAAAAAAUCCACUCAAUCAAUAGUUCUCGUCGGAUUCGCAGAAAACGAAAACAAUGAUUACGAAAAUAAAACAAUUUCAAAGUAUAAUCAAAGUACGUUCGUCAAAGAAAUAUCAAAUAUUUACGAACAUCCGCCAAAAGUUAGCUAUUAA